AUGAAGACGACGACGACGGCGAUGCGCACCUCCCUCGUCCUCGUCCUCCUCCUCGCUGCGGCUUCGGCCGCCGCCGCCGCCUCAAGCAAGGACCGCUGCCAUUCCGACGACAAGAAAGCGCUGUUGGCCAUUGACGCGGCGUUCGGCACCCCCUACCACUUCGCGUCCUGGACGCCCGACUCCUCGUGCUGCGACUGGUACGGAGUCGACUGCGACCCCUUCACCGGCCGCGUCGUCGGCCUCUCCAUCUUCCAGGACGCCAACCUCACCGGCACCAUCCCCGACGCCAUCGGCGGCCUCGUCCACCUCCGGAACCUCAUGCUGCACCACCUCCCCGGCAUCUCGGGCCCCAUCCCGCCCGCCAUCGCCAGGCUCUCCAACCUCUCCAUGCUCAUCAUCUCCUACACCGGCGUCUCCGGCCCCGUGCCGUCAUUCCUGGGCAAGCUCACCGCGCUCACCUUGCUCGAGCUGCCAUUCAACUCCCUCACGGGCGCCAUCCCGGCGUCGCUCGCCGCCCUCCCGUACCUCUCCGGGAUCGACCUCAGCCGCAACCGCCUCACCGGCGCCAUCCCUCCGCUGCUCCUCAGCAGGUCCCCCGACCAGGCCUACCUCGUGCUGUCGCACAACAACCUGUCCGGCGGCAUCCCAGCCGAGUUCGCCGCCGUCAACUUCGCGCACCUCGACCUGUCGCGUAACACACUCACCGGCGGCGACGCGUCGGGCCUGUUCGGCGGGGCAAAGGAACUGCAGUACCUGGACCUGUCGCGCAACGCGCUGAGCUUCAACCUCUCCGGCGUGGAGCUGCCGGAGCAGCUCUACUUCGUGGACGUGAGCCACAACGCCAUCUACGGCGGCAUCCCGGCGCAGGUGGCGAACCUGACCAACCUGCAGUUCUUCAACGUCAGCUACAACCGGCUCUGCGGCGGCGUGCCCACCGGCGGCAACAUGGCGAGGUUCGAUGCCUACAACUACCAGCACAACAAGUGCUUGUGUGGACCUCCGCUGCCGACGACAUGCAACAAGUGA